AAGAAAAGAUUAUAUGGGACACGUCGAACAAAGUAUUAUUUAAUAUCAUAUACAUCAUAUACCUAUUUUGGGUUACCUGUGUUAGAAGUAAUUCGAGAUCAGUCGAUCGAUCAGCAGUCGCAGUCGAUAGACUAGUUUCUAGUUCCACUCACCUCUGUCCAAGAUGGCGACGCCUUAUGACAGAAGGCCACACAAGUUCUAUGACUCUUCGUCGGCAGUGCUUCUUUCUGUGAUUCGGACUUUAGCAACUAGUGGGAAUAUCAAGCAGAGAGAAAUAGAGAAAGAAAGGCUACAAUAUGAGUACAGAGAAGUCGACGACGAGCUUAACAAAUUAGUGGAGAAAAACCAAGAACAGCUGAAGUCAACAAUUCAAACUUUCACUGGUAUUUCAUCCAGAAUCCAGGUUUCCCUGGAUAAAGUGAAACACUUAAAGGAGAGUCUACAUGCAUGUAAAACACUACUACGCUGCAAAAGGGAUGCUCUCAAAAAGUACUGGAUGGAGGGGAUGGAGUACAAUGAGGUGCUCAGCCUCCUGGAUCGCAUAGACCAAGUGAAGAACGUUCCAGAAGAAAUUGGGAAGUUCAAGCAGCAGAAAUACUAUCUCCAUGCCACGGAGCUCCUUGUCAACACAGUUUCUCUCCUGGAAGGCAGCCUUUCUGGGGUUGAGGCCCUGCGUCACUUGCGGCUGGACUUACAAGCAAAAAAGAAAAUUGAACAUGAACUUCUUAUUGAGGAGUUGCAUCGUCAGCUGUAUAUCAAAUCCUGUAAAACAUCCAAGAACCACUCCUCGGCACCCCAAAAAGAGAGUUCUGGAAGUUUCAAGAAGUCUCAUCACAGAUCUGCUUCCCGAUCAUUAAUGCUAGACCAGGCCAAUUCUCUCAGUGUUACAACCAGCAAGUCAGACCAUGAGCUUAUUGAGGACCUGCAGACUGACCCAGAGGAAGACAGUGAUAAUUUCAUGAUGCUACUUGUAGAAUCACUCUCUCUCCUUGGAAAAAUACCAGAAGCUAUUGAGGCGAUCAAGUCAAGAAUGAAGAUUGAGAUGUCUUUGAUUGUUCAUCGAGCUACUUCACAAGUGAUAGAAAGGGCUGGAAGAGAUGGAGAAGUCAUUGCAUCACAGAACCAGACACACCUGCUUUUAGAGCUGAUUGAGCUGAUAUUUGACAAGUUCCGGGGCGUGGCCCAUGCCCAUACAGUUGUGCUCUCUGCAAUACACAAGAUCAUUGGAGAAGGAAAAGACAGAGCUCCCAGUGAUCUUGCUGAAACACAGGUUUACAGAAUUGAUGUAAUCUGGUAUGAGAUACAAUUUGCUCUACAAGUUCUGCUGAAUGACUAUCUGGAUGUGCAGGAUCUUGUUACUCCUCAGCAGUCUAAAGCUACCUUUUCCGAGUCAGACAGUGAUAUUUCUGCAUUUUUCCUGCCAAGAAGAAGAGGAGCUUCCAGAACAGACUCAAAGGUUCAUUUAUUUAGAUUUGAGGGUUCAUCAUCAGCCAUUAGCAUGAAUGCAUACAUUCGUGAACGACGUCAAGAGUGCAUGGCUGGAACUGGGAAUGUGUCUAUGGAUGAUGGCUAUGGAGAGGCCUUGCAUAAUACAAAACCACAGCUACUCUGUCGACCAGAUCCUAGGAAUAUUACAGUGGUGUUCUGCCCUGUAAUGGAAUUUGUCAAAGAGAUUGAAGCAGUCAUCACCAUGGAAAGGGAGAUGCACUGUACACUGUAUGGCUUCAUCACUGACUACGUCAAGGAAAUCUUUAUUGACAAGAUCAAGUUUGAAAUCACUGAGAAGUUAGAAACUUUAUCUUUAACUUCACAAAAAGGUCUGGACGCAUUCAAGCACUUAGCAGAUACGCACACAAUACACUCAGUGGAGGCCCCUCGGCCGUUACUACAGAGCACCGUGACAGUGUACCAGUUACUGCAAGACCUGAAGGGCUUGAUGCACAGCGUGCCACAGUAUUCCAGCCAGUUCCUGGAUAUGGUAUGCAGGACCCUGACCAGUUACAGGGACACUUGUAAUGCCGCGUACAAAGAGCUUCUGCGAUACACGGGGGAGAGUGAUAAGCCGACACGCAUUAUAAGCGGCACAUGGGCCAAGGACGAGGAUAUUAGCAGAUUACUCCGAACUCUGCCGAACUGGACCAACCUACAACAGCCGCAACACCAUAGACCACGAAAAGAUGAUGACGAGGAUAUGGAAGCUAUCAAGAUCAGAAAUGCGCGGGAGUCAGAAAUUCUGACCAACAACCUGGGGGAGCACAUGCUAUCCAAGGCUGAAGUCCUGCUGGACCAUAGCGACCUGAAGGCGCUCGCUAACUUACAAGAGAGUAUGGAAUGGCUUAGUAACCACAUUCGUUUACUAGCUACCAGUCUCUCUGCCAACUCCACGUCCAUCAGCAUUGUUACCGCUGACACGCAAGAGAGGAUCAAAACGCUAAACCCGAGACAAAAGGAGGUGUAUUGCGCGGGCGGCUUCGUGUACAUCUUGGGUAAGAACUGGCAAGAGAUUCCACCUGUAGACGAAGACGUGCUAAAGUCGUUGGGUGGGCUGGCGCAGGACUUUCAGCGAUUGGCAGAGACAUGCGUGCUUGUUUUGCACUUGGAGAUUCGUUGUCACUGCUUCUUCUUCUUGAUGCCCGCGGUUAGACAGCCUAGUUACAUGUGUAAUAUGGACGCUGUGGACCCAGAUCCAUCGGUGAUUCAACUCAACAAGGAUCUGACUUCCCUUGAGGAAAUCGCCACUGCCAGCCUCGCACAACACAAAUUCAGGUACCUGUUUGAAGGACUCGGCCAUCUUGUAUCAUCCAUUCUGAUCUCAAACCUGUCGUUUAUCAAGAAGAUCAACCAGAACGGAAUCAAGAAAAUGUGUCGUAACAUAUUCGCGCUCCAGCAGAACCUGACAAAUAUCACGAUGUCACGUGAAGGGGAGCUGGACAGGGCGAGGCAGUACUACGAACUUCUCUACCACAACCCGGACGAAAUACUUACGGUUGUCGUGGAGCAGGGGGCGAAAUAUAGCGAGACCGAAUAUAUCGCACUUCUGCAGCUUAAAGCUCGAAGUCAGACCGUCCGCGACAACACAGCACAUGAGAGACAACUACAAAGACUCAAGGAAAUCCUCCGAGAGCCUUGCAAUGGAACGGAAUAACAAACAAGAGACAAAUACAGUUGUCGUAGAAAUCCUUAGAGAACCCUGCAAUGGUACGGGAUAACACAAAAGAGGCAACCAAAGGAUGUUCAUAGAAAUCUUCCGAGAGAGCCUCGCAAUGGUAUGCGGAUUAACACACGAGCGACAAUUAAAGGAUGUCCAAAGAAAAUCUUCCGAGAGAGCUUUGCAAUGGCACAGAAUAACACUGGAGACAACUACACAUGUUCGUAUAACCUCCGAGAGGGUCUUGCAAUGGCACGGAAUAACACACAAUAGACAACUAAAGAUUUCCUCAGUGGACUAGAAAUUAUAGAAUUCGUGGAACCAGAGGACAUAAAAAUCAUGCAAGUUCACAGAAGAAUUUUAGUAGAACUAGAUAUAUAGGAGAGAGGUGGAAAUGCAGAACAGUCUGCGUACAAAAUGCCGUAUUUGGUUGGCUACUGCGUGAUUUUCCGGAAGCGAGUUUUAAUGCGGGAAAACGCUACGCAAAUGGCGCCAGGCCAUAGUAGUCGUAUCAGAUUUAUUCGUCUUUUUUACAUCAGACAAAAAAACACGCUGUCUUGAUCAGACUAAUUAGUCUGGGACAAAAAAGAAGCUGUAAAAUAAGACUUUAUGUAAAAUAUUUCAAAAGUUAUCCUGAUAUAAAAGACAAAAAGAUUGUUAGAUACAA